AUGCUGCUAACAUUUGAAGAUCUGUUGUACAACUAUUAUUGUGAAGUAAUUCGACACCUUCAAGAAAUUAGUGAAGUUCAACAGAACGAGAAUCAUAUACAUCCUUUAUCAAUCGACAAUUCAGCUCCAGUCUUAAAUUACACGCAAGGAAUUAAUGGUGAAGGAAUGAUCGACACUUCUACUAACCAACAAGUAAUUCGACACCUUCAAGAAAUUAGUGAAGUUCAACAGAACGAGAAUCAUAUACAUCCUUUAUCAAUCGACAAUUCAGCUCCAGCCUUAAAUUACAUGCAAGGAAUUAAUGAUGAAGAAAUGAUCGACACUUCUACUAACCAACAAGCGAAACGAAAGAAAGCACCUCCAUGUACAUGGGAAAAAGAGCCAAUUUAUUUAUUACUAGCAUAUAUAAAUGAUAAUAAAGAAAAGAUUACAUUGCUAAAAUGUCGUGGUUAUAUAGCUAGUCAAGCAAAGAAGGAACUCUGGCCAGGUGCUUCCAUAAUGCUUAGCGAACAUGGACACAUUUAUACCGAUAUACAGUGUGCGGUUAAAUGGAAAAACCUUUUACAAGGAUACAAUGUAAAUAUUAUUUAA